AUGGCUUUGGGAAUGGUGUCGCGACGGUUAGGGACGAAACUCUUCACCGCGUUAUCUUCCACUCACAGACUACUACAUUCUCAUGCCACCAGUUUUGGGUUCAAACAAGUAAACGAAGAAGAGAAGGCUCGCAUGGUUGGUGAUGUCUUCACGAGCGUUGCUUCGAGCUAUGAUGUUAUGAAUGACCUUAUGAGUGUUGGAUUGCACAGAUUGUGGAAGGAUAGGUUAGUCUCCAAGCUGAAUCCGUUUCCUGGAAUGAAGCAUCUUGAUGUGGCUGGUGGCACAGGGGAUGUUGCUUUUAGAAUCUUGGAGAACAUAAACAAAGUUAAGCUGAGAGGACUUCAAGGUGUUUUACAAGAUACUUUAGAGGCGGAAACUCAGAUUUAUGUAUGUGACAUUAACCCUAAGAUGUUAAAUGUUGGCAAACAGCGGGCCUUGGAGAAGGGUUUUGGAGAAGAUGCUUCCCUUGUAUGGGUGGAGGGGAAUGCUGAAAGCUUGAGUUUCCAAAAUGAUUCAAUGGAUGGUUAUACUAUUGCAUUCGGGAUAAGAAAUGUUACACACAUAGAGAAAGCACUUAAUGAAGCUCAUAGGGUAUUGAAAACAGGAGGAAGGUUCCUUUGCCUUGAACUUAGCCACGUUGGUAUUCCUAUAUUUAAAGAUUUGUAUGAUUAUUAUUCUUUCUCAUUUAUUCCAUACAUGGGUGAGUUGGUUGCUGGUGAUCGGGAAUCCUAUCAGUACUUAGUUGAGAGUAUCAGGCGCUUCCCUUCACAGGAAAAAUUUGCAUCGAUGAUUGCGGAUGCUGGGUUCCAGAAAGUAGAGUAUGAGAAUCUGGUUGGGGGAGUGGUUGCUAUCCAUUCAGGGCUAAAGAUCUGA